CUACCACUCCACUCCCGCUACCCGCGCUAGCAACGUUUUACAGCUUCCCCGGCCACUCCUCCGUCGCUCUAUUUAAAAGCAGGAAGCAAGGCACCAAUCAGCUUUUUCAAAAGCACAAAAUAAAAAAGGAAAAUCGAACCCAAAAAAAAAAAAAAUUCGCUCCUCUUUUUUCGCGGCCUAAAUUGAAGGCAGGCGGCAGCGAAAAAUGGAAUUGCAGAGGGGAAGCGGACUACUGUACCAGCAAUUCAAGGCGCUGUUCAGAAAGAACCUGCUGCUUUCAUGGCGGAACAAGCGGGCGACCUUCCUCCAGCUAUUCUCCUCCUUCGUCUUCAUCUUCCUCCUCUUCUGCAUUCAGAAGGCCAUGAACUCCUCCACCGACUACACCACCGCUUACUCCUCCGUCAGGGACCCCGCCGCCGCCGUCUCCCCGCCGAUCCCUCCCUGCGAGGAGAAAUUCUUCGUCCGGACCCCCUGCUUCGACUUCCUCUGGAGCGGCAACGCCAGCGCUUCCGUCGGCCGGGUUGUGAGCCGCAUCAUGGCCAAUAACCCCGGCCGCCCCAUUCCAGAAGCUAAGGUGAAAUCGUUCAGGACGACGGGCGAGGUAGAUGCUUGGCUUUUAGCUAAUCCGAUGCAGUCCCCUGGCGCUCUGCAUUUCAGGGAAGUGAGCAGCGGAGUAAUAAGCUAUGGUAUUCAGACCAACUCUACAUCGCCCGGGAAACGAGGCCGGAUGGAAGAUCCCACGUUGAAGUUUCAAAUCCCGCUUCAGGUUGCUGCGGAGCGUGAAAUUGCUCGGUUUCUCGUCGGAGAUCCUAACUUCGGAUGGACGGUUCAACUUAAAGAAUAUGCACAUCCGGCGGAAGUGUUUUUCUCAGCGUUGAUUGCAGUUGGUCCUUCCUUCUUCCUUGCAUUUGCCAUGUUUGGAUUUGUGUUGCAGAUUACUGCUUUGGUUACUGAGAAGGAGCUCAAGCUUCGCCAGGCGAUGAGUACAAUGGGCCUUUAUGAUUCUGCAUACUGGUUGUCAUGGAUCACAUGGGAGGGAAUAAUUGCACUGUUCUCAGCACUUUUCUUGGUUCUCUUUGGAAUGAUGUUCCAGUUUGAUUUCUUCAAGAAAAACAAUUUUGCUGUCGUUUUUCUUGUGUUCUUCCUUUUCCAGUUCAAUAUGAUUGGUUUCGCCUUCAUGUUGUCAACCUUCAUUAGCAAGGCAUCUGCAGCCACAACUGCCGGAUUCUCUUUGUUUAUCAUCGGAUUUUUCACUCAGAUUGUUACUAUAUUUGGCUUCCCUUAUGAUCUUGAAACUUCCCAGACAUUAAGAAACAUCUGGUCACUGUUUCCGCCCAAUCUUCUUGCGCUAUCCGUGAGACAGCUUGCAGAUGCCACUCGUACCCCAGAAAGAACUGGAAUUAGCUGGAGCGGGAGAACAGACUGUAUAUCACGUCAAGAUUCCUCAACUUGUGCAAUGACAAUUAAUGAUGUCUUCAUAUGGCUCCUGGCAACAUUCGUUCUCUGGUUCAUUUUGGCAAUCUACUUUGACAACAUUAUCCCAAAUGCAUAUGGAGUGAGAAAAUCUGUGUUUUACUUUUUAAAUCCUUGGUACUGGACAGGAAAAGGUGGAAACAAGGUGAAAGAGGGUGGCAUCUGUAGCUGCAUGAGCUCAAUACCACAAGAAGAACAGAUUACUCCAGAUGAUGAAGAUGUCCUGGAAGAAGAAAACAUGGUUAAGAAAGAUGCAAGAGAAGACACAAUGGAUUCAGAUAUUGCAGUUCAGAUACGUGGACUAGCAAAGACAUAUGCUGGAACCAGGAAGAUAGGUUGCUGCAAAUGUCAGAAAACUUCAUCUUACCAUGCCGUUAGGGGAUUAUGGAUGAAUAUCGCUCAGGAUCAAUUGUUCUGUUUACUUGGCCCCAAUGGAGCUGGGAAAACUACAGCAAUCAAUUGCUUGACUGGAGUAUCACCAGUGACUAGUGGAGAUGCUUUGAUUUAUGGGUAUUCAAUUCGAAGUUCUGUUGGCAUGUCAAGCAUUCACAAAUUCAUGGGAGUUUGUCCCCAGUUUGAUAUUCUUUGGGAUGCAUUAUCUGGUCUGGAGCACCUUCACCUCUUUGCUACCAUUAAGGGCCUACCCCCAGCUUCAAUUCAAACAGUUGCAGAUGAAUUGCUGGCUAAAGUGAAACUUACUGAGGCAGCUAGGGUGAGAGCCAGGAGCUAUAGUGGAGGAAUGAAGCGUCGGCUCAGCGUGGCAAUAGCCCUCAUUGGCGACCCCAAGCUAGUCAUUUUGGAUGAACCAACUACAGGCAUGGAUCCUAUAUCCAGAAGACAAGUCUGGGAUGUAAUACAGGAAGCCAAAAAAGGUCGUGCAAUAAUUUUGACAACACAUUCAAUGGAAGAAGCUGAUGUCCUGGGUGAUCGAAUCUCGAUCAUGGCGAAGGGCAGGCUCAGAUGCAUCGGAACUUCCAUCCGGCUGAAGUCGAGAUUCGGUACCGGUUUUGUCACUAAUGUGAGCUUUGGUGAAAAGGUUAAUGGCCAAAGUCCUAUAAACCAACCCGUCGAUAGUCCAGCUACUCAUGAAGACGUCAAACAGUUCUUCAAACACCAUUUGGAUGUGACACCAGCUGAGGAAACCAAGUCGUUUAUGACUUUUGUCAUCCCUCAUGAUAAAGAGAAACUUCUGACAAACUUCUUUGCAGAGCUUGAAGAUAGACAGGCAGAAUUCGGCAUAAAGGACAUUCAGCUCGGUCUUGCAACGCUAGAAGAAGUGUUCUUGAACAUUGCAAGGCAGGCUGAGGUAGAAAGCGCCACAGCAGAGGGGCGCUUCAUCGCUCUGAACUUGACCUCCGGGACCUCCCUUCAGAUACCGGUCGGGAGCAGUUUCGUCGGAAUUCCAGGCACGGAAUCCACCGAAAACCCGAGAGGCCUCAUGGUUGAAGUGUACUGGGAGCAAGAUGAUACAGGGACACUUUGUGUAUCAGGACAUUCACCUGAAAUGCCUAUUCCUGCUGAUGUGCAGCCGUCGGUGCCUGCCGCAGCGCCAGCUCCAGGAGGGACCAACUUCUUGGGCCGGACUGGGCCUGUUUAUGGGCUUAUUAUUGAUCCAAAUCAGAUUCGUGGGGCUGAUACUCGAUGAUGCUACGCUGGUAUAGCUUCUAGUUUUGUUGAUAUCGUGUUCGUGUUGUAGAGUGAAGUUUAGGGCUUUCAUUAAUUGUUUCUCUCCCCACGGAGUAUAGAUGAUAGGUGUGAGGUAUACAAGUCGAUGGUCUAGGGCGGCCGUCGUUAGAGAAAGAAGAAUGUAAUGCAGUUGUGUGUUGUUGGUACAAGUAUUUUUUUGGUAAUAAUUAGUGAAGUUUAUGGAGGUUCACGUUCAUCUUAGAUCCUGAGCGAAUGAUUAAGGGUUUUUACCCUUUUUCUUGAGAGGAUUUUGGAUGGCCUGAUCGCUAUUUCCUGGAAGAUAAUAGUUUUUGACGGAUAUGAAUCUAUCGAUCGAUAAGGGAUUGAUCUCAUCCACCUUCAAAGAGGAAUUAGACCUAUUAUGGAGCAUUGUGUUCAAGUCGGAGGCACUAAAUCCUUGGAAGGAUUGUUGGGUUGCGAGGCUCCAACUUUCUUGAAUUUUAGGCAACUUUUCUUUGAGAAGCUAGUGAUAACUUUUCUUUGGUUACUCUAUUUCUCCUGAAUUUACAUCUACACAAUAUAUUAUGCACUUCACAUUUCACUCUGUAUCGUUAUUGCCACCUUGCAUUUUGAUUGGUUCUCUUUAUUUGGUGGAAGAACAAUUUUGCUCAUUUUUCAAACACUCAAGGGUCACUCAUUGUUAUUGGACUUUUGGUUUUCUUUUUAGUAAAUGCGAUUAGGAUUAAGGAAAAAUAAAGGGUUAAUUGCAUGGUUGGUCACUGACAUUACAAAAAAAGUUUAAGUUUGAUCACUCGAAAUAUUUAAAUCCAUUGGUGGUAUUUCAGUUUACUGAAACCGUUUAUGUUUGCUCACUCUCCGUCCAACUCCGUUAACUUUGGUUGAUGUGGCAAUCAACUCUCAAAGUUGACCGUUAACUUAGUGAUGUGGCAUUUAAGAAAUAAUAAAUAAAAUUUAUUUUAUUUUAAUGUACAACUCAUUUUUACCAUAAAAAAUUAAAAUAAAUAAAUAAAUAUUAUAAUCUAUUUGACCCUACUGCCUAAAUGUAUAUGUUGUUCUUCAUUCCCACCAAACUUCCGAAUGACACAGGAAACUGACCAAAUGAAAGGGUGGGCCCUAGUUAUCUGAAAUCGAAAUCAACCAUGAAAUCGGAAAAUUGAACCCUUACCCACAACCUCACUUAAACCUAACAAGCAGCAAGAAUAGGAACAUGUGUGCGGCAAUUACCAAAGGAAAACCUAAACCAAUUCAGGAUUAGAGGAUACAUUCAUCAAACCAAACGGAAGAAUUCAGAAUCGCUAAGCGAUGGAAUUCAGAAAGGUUUCAAGAACGAAUUAAAAAGAGAAUGGGCAAGGAAUUGGCAGGAGAAAUGAAAAACUCACCAUCAUUUUGAGCUUCAAACAGUCGAUAUGUUCAGCGCUGCUAGCAGGAGGGAGGGCGACAGUGGUUCGAGGACGUAGGUGUCUUCAAGGGCCGAUCUCAGAACAAAUCUCCCCCCUCGUCCUCUUGGGACUACAAGAGCUGGCGGCGAGAAGACGGUGGUUUGUGUAUGGAGAAAGGGAAUGAGCUAGCCUCAAUUCGGUGGAACCUCUAGCGUGGAUCGAAGACCCAGAGGAAGAGCAAGAGCACAGACAACGAUGGAGGGUAGAGCGAGGAGCUUAAGGAAAUAAUAAAAUAAAUAUAUAUUUUUUUAUUUUAGUUAUUUAUUUAUGGUAAAAAUGAGUUGGACAUUAAAAUAGAUUUUAUUUU